GGAAAACGAAAAGCCCUUUAGUCACAUAAACUUCCUAGUACGCCAUUUCCAAUUUUGUAUCGUGCUCAGUUACAGAGUGUUGAAGGAGCACAGUCCGUGAGAAGAAGAAGAACAGCAACAAAGAUUCAACGGGAAGAAAUGUCUGCAAGAGGAAAGCGAAAGGAUGACGAUGAACACGCAUCCGAAGGGGACGCUCCUCCCAAGAAGACAUCGAAGAAAGACUCUGACGAAACCGACGAAAUCGUCGUCUGCGAGAUUUCGAAAAAUCGGAGGGUUAUGGUGAGGAACUGGCAGGGAAAGAUUGUGGUGGAUAUUCGGGAGUUUUAUGUCAAAGAUGGGAAGCAGAUGCCUGGAAAAAAAGGCAUAUCGCUAUCCAUGGAUCAGUGGAACGUUCUCCGCAAUCAUGUAGAAGAAAUUGACAAGGCUGUUAAUGAAAAUUCGUUAGGAAAUUAGAGCAGGCAUCUUUUGUUGAUAUUAGUAGCAAGUGUAUCACUCCGUAGGGCGCUAUUCUGCCUAUAAUGAUGGAAAUAUGACCUUUUGUACAGCCCAGGCUUGUUUUUGGUGGGCAUGAAGACCAGAAAGCAGGUAUUAGCCUCUGUAUUUACUUAAACUGGAUCACUGGAUUGUCAUUUUGGUUUGUAGACCAGAGACAUGAUGUUAUAUAGUAUGGCAUAACUGAUAAUAUUACUAUUCUCAAUUGGUGGAUAA